AUGGGCUAUGUCUGGACUGUUGCCCUCGUUAUCUCGACAUGUAUUAGUCAGAAUGUCCGUCCCGUCGCUCACGUGAUCUCCUCUCGCCUCCCUUACCCACGCGAUCACUUCUCCUUCCCCAUAGCCCUCCUAUUCGGCCGUCCAGUCACCCGCCCAUUCUGCCGUCCCAUCGUCCUCCCGUUCCGUUCCGUCGUCGUCGCCCUUCCAUGGCCCAUACCGUCGCCCCUCCCGUUCAUCCAUCCCGUCGCCCAACCCCUAGCGCAUCCUCUCUCCCAUCCCGUCGUUCCCCUCGUCGCCCUCGCCAACGCCCCGAAACUCCCUCCCGUCGCGCAUCCUCUCUCCCAUCUCGUCGCUCCCCUCGUCGCCCUCGCCAACGCCCCGAAACUCCCUCCCGUCGCGCAUCCUCUCUCCCAUCCCGUCGCUCCCCUCGUUGCCCUCGCCAACGCCCCAAAACUCCCUCCCGUCGCCCUUCCUCUCUCCCAUCCCGUCGCUCCCCUCGUCGCCCUCGCCAACGCCCCGAAACUCCCUCCCCUCGCCCUUCCUCUCUCUCCGUCACCCUUGCUCUCUCUCCGUCGCCCUUGCUCUCUCUCCGUCGCCCUUGCUCUCUCUCUGUCGCCCUUGCUUUCUCUCCGUCGCCCUUGCUCUCUCUCCGUCGCCCUUUCUCUCGCCCUUGCCCUUGCUCUCUCCCGUUUCCUAUCCUCUCUCCCCUCCUCUCACGUUGCCCUCGAUGCAGUCGUCGCCUUUCCUCUCUCCCCUCCCAUCACCCACCUCGGCGCUUUCGCGUUCGCCCCGAAAUGCCUGCAAGUCGCCCUUCGUUUCUCCCCUCCCAUCUCCCAACACCCUACCAUUCCGUAA